UUUUCCGCUCUCUAAUCCUCACUGACUCCACCAACCCACCCCCCCAAAUCCUCUCAUACGCAGCCCGCGGCGCAAAUUUGUUGAGAGCGCCUCAAAAUCUUAUCUUCUUCCCCAUCUUUGAAGCUUCAAUCAUGGAUCCCAACUCCCAAAUCCUCGAAAAUUCUGAACCCAUCUCAUCGGAGGACCAGUCUCCGCCCGUUCCAGUUCACUCGCCGCCGUUCGCCGUCGCUUCUCUCACUUUAUCUCUCUCAACCGUCAUUCCCUCAAAUUUUCUUGUCCAACCCAGAUUUUCUGGUUUGUUUUCUCGGCAGCCAAACAAGGAUAAUGUCCCCACUCAAGCUGCUUCUCUUUCUCACUUACCCAUUUCCUGUUCUUCGCUCUGUCCCCCUAAAAUUUCCCUCAAAUCCACCGUUUCUGCUAACCCUCUUCAAAUCCCUCUCUCUUUAGGCCCCCGCCGUCCUUCAGAACCCUCCAAUGGCGCCGGGAUGCGUCGAGCUACCAUCGUUUGGUUCCGUAACGAUCUACGGAUUCACGAUAAUGAAUGCCUAAAUUCAGCUAAUAAUGAUUCCAUCUCCGUUUUGCCUGUUUACUGUUUCGAUCCGAGAGAUUACGGUAAGUCUUCGUCUGGAUUCGAUAAAACUGGACCGUACCGAGCCACAUUUGUGAUUGAAUCCGUCUCGGAUUUGCGGAAGAAUCUCCAAGCUAGGGGUUCUAAUCUCGUUGUUCGAAUUGGAAAACCUGAAACUGUUCUUGCUGAAUUGGCUAAGGAAAUUGGUGCUGAUGGAAUUUAUGCUCAUUACGAGGUUUCUCACGAUGAAAUGGAGACUGAGGAGCGGAUUGAGAGUGCGAUGAAGGAAGAGAAUGUUGAGGUUAAGUACUUUUGGGGAAGCACUUUGUAUCAUAUCGAUGAUUUGCCGUUCAAAAUGGAAGAUAUGCCGUCGAGCCAUGGGGCGUUUAGAGAGAGAGUUCAAGGGCUGAGUGUGAGGAAGACGAUUGAAGCUUUGGAUAAGAUGAAGGGUUUGCCUUCUCGUGGUGAUGUAGAGCCUGGGGAUAUCCCUUCUUUGUCUGAAUUGGGUCUCAACCAACCUGUGGCUAUGUCUAAGGAAGGAUGGCUAGCUCCCAAUACUUCUCAAGUGGGAGGGGAGACCGAAGCGCUUCAUAGGCUUCAAAAAUACGCAGCUGAAUGUCGAGCUCAACCACCGAAAGCGACGAACAACGGUGCUCAGAAUAGCAUAUAUGGUGCUACCUUUUCAAACAAAAUUUCUCCGUGGCUAACCAUGGGUUGCAUUUCACCUCGAUCGGUGUUUGAUGAACUUAACAAAACCGUUUCCAGGAAGCAUGAUGGUGGCAAUGGCACUGGAACAAACUGGCUGAUGUUUGAGUUAUUAUGGAGGGACUUCUUCAGAUUCAUUACCAAAAAAUACAACUCAACAAAGAAACAACCCAACCCAUCUCCAGCCACCGCUUGCACGGGCGCCCUUGCUUAGGGAGAGUCGAAAAGCAGGCAUAUCCUCAUGUUGCAGUCAUUUAGUGAUCGUUUGAACUACCCUAUGUUGCCUUUGUAAACGUUGUUUUUGGUACCGACUACACGUCUACCUCGACCCUCAUCUCAUCUCGUCUGGCUGAGUAGACCUCGCCUAGCUCUACCAAUAAAAGGAAUGUCUUAAAUUUUGCCCCCUACCUCAAAGAGUGAAAAAAAGAAAGAGCAAAAGAGGUCUUCAUUUUCCUGCUACUUUGUUUUCUGUUCAUGAACAUAAUUUCAGUUCUGCCUGUUACUUGGUAUGAAAAUGUAGAUUGACUUCUGUUGUGGGAUUCAACUUAUUGACUUUCUGUGGUUGGGAGA